CGAAAAAACAUUGAAUUUCAAUCCACAUUUCUAUCAAUCCUCUUCAACCCCAAAACUAAGUACUAGAAAUGGUCACUUUAUUGAAUCAUGCUCCUAGAAGAUUAGAAGGCAAAGUGGCCAUCAUCACCGGAGGAGCAAGUGGCUUCGGCGAGAGCACGGCGAGGCUUUUCGCCCGACACGGCGCCAAAGUUGUAAUUGCCGACGUGCAAGAUGACAGGGGUCAAUCUCUUUGCCGUGACCUUAAUCUCCCCGAUCAAAUCUCGUAUGUUCAUUGUGACGUAACCAGCGACUCCGACGUCAGGAACGUCGUCGAUUUCGCGGUUUCCAAGUACGGGAACCUGGACAUCAUGUUCAACAACGCCGGCAUCCCCGGGAACCUAGACUUCACCAUUGCCGACGCUGACAACGACAACUUCAAAAGGGUUUUCGAGGUCAAUGUCUACGGGGCAUUUCUGGGGGCAAAACACGCCGCUAGAGUGAUGAUCCCGGAGAGAAAGGGAGUGAUAUUAUUCACUUCGAGUGUCGCGUCGGUUGUCUCCGGCGAGUGUCCGUAUUCCUAUUCGGCGUCGAAGCAUGCGGUGGUUGGGUUGAUGAAGAACUUGUGCGUGGAGCUGGGACAGUACGGGAUAAGGGUGAACUCCAUAUCGCCGUGCGCGGUGGCGACGCCGAUGCUGACGGGUGCAGUGGGGCUGGACAAAGCGGUGGUGGACGAUAUUAUACGUGCUUCAGCCAACUUGAAAGGGGUGAUGCCGACGGCGGAGGAUGUGGCGGAGGCGGCGCUGUAUCUAAGCAGCGAUGAAUCCAAGUUUGUUAGCGGGCUAAAUCUGGUGGUGGACGGAGGUUACAGCACCACCAACCAGAGUUAUAUUAGGAUGCUGAAGGGUUUAGCCUCAUGAUCGUUGCCGGUUUUGCGUUAACCAUUCUCAAAUUUCCAAUAAUAUUUUCAUACAGGAGUACUGUUGUUCGCCGAGGAUUAUUUAUGAGUGUCAUGUUUCCAUUUCUCCCCUUAUUGGUACUAAUUCCUUUCCUCUUAUUAUAAUUUCGUACGGAAAAAAAUACUUGAUUCAGGCA